UUUUUGUAUUUUUAGUAGAGACGGGGUUUCACCGUGUUAGCCAGGAUGGCGUUUGUUGUAAGUUUUAAAUGAGUCUACAUGCAAGCAGUACUAGCUUAGAACAGUGCUCAGCACCCACCAAGUGGUGCUGAGGGUAAUUAUUAGGGUUGUCUAUGUCUUUGUGAGAGUCUUUCACAUCUCACAGGCCACAAGCCUGUGUUUUCCCUGCUCUGUAGGCAUGAGGCAGGGCCCAGGUUCCAUGUGAUGCUGAAGCUCUGACAUUCCUGCAGGCCCAGUGCCAAGGUUCCGGCAUCCUGCGUCUCACUGAGCACUGCUGCCCGAUGGCCAUCCCCAAGCACUCCCUGAGCCCAGUGCCGUGGGAAGAGGACAGCUUCCUUCAAGUGAAGGUGGAGGAGGAAGAGGAAGCCAGCCUCUCCCAGGGCGGAGAAUCCAGCCAUGACAUUGCUCACCCUGAGGCUGCACGCCUGCGCUUCCGGCACUUCCGCUAUGAGGAGGCAUCUGGUCCACACGAGGCCCUGGCCCACCUCCGAGCCCUGUGCUGUCAGUGGCUGCAGCCCGAGGCGCGCUCCAAGGAGCAGAUACUGGAGCUGCUGGUGCUGGAGCAGUUCCUGGGUGCGCUGCCCCCAGAGAUCCAAGCCUGGGUGGGAGCCCAGAGUCCCAAGAGCGGAGAGGAAGCCGCUGUGCUGGUGGAGGAUCUGACUCAGGAUGGGAUCCAGGAGCCGAGCCCACAGAGGCAAGCUGCAAGCAGAGCGACCUGGGAGAGUCAGAGCCAUCAAAUGUGGUCACUGAGACCCUCAUGGGAGGUGUUUCCCUCGGACCCGCCUUUGUCAAGGCAUGUGAACCUGAGGGCAGCUCAGAGAGGUCUGGACUAUCAGGGGAGAUCUGGACAAAGUCUAUCACACAACAGAUCCAUUUCAAGAAAACUUCAGGGCCUCACAAGGAUGUCCCCACAGACCAGCGUGGCCGUGAAUCUGGUGCCUCGAGGAACAGUUCUAGUUCGUGGCCAAACCUCACCUCCCAAGAGAAGCCUCCUUCAGAAGACAAAUUUGAUCUGGUGGAUGCUUAUGGGACAGAGCCUCCAGACACCUACUCAGGGAAGAGGUCCUCCCAGUGUCGCGAGUGUAGGAAGAUGUUCCAGAGUGCCUCGGCGCUCGAGGCACACCAGAAGACCCAUUCUCGGAAGACACCAUAUGCCUGCAGCGAGUGUGGGAAAGCCUUCAGCCGGAGUACUCACCUCGCCCAGCACCAGGUUGUCCACACAGGGGCGAAGCCCCAUCAGUGUAAGGAAUGUGGGAAGGCCUUCAGCCGAGUCACCCACCUGACUCAGCACCAAAGGAUUCAUACUGGAGAGAAACCCUACAAAUGUGGGGAAUGUGGUAAAACGUUCAGCCGCAGCACUCACCUCACCCAGCACCAGCGGGUGCACACGGGGGAGCGGCCCUACGAGUGUGACGAGUGCGGGAAGGCCUUCAGCCAGAGCACGCACCUGACUCAGCACCAGCGCAUCCACACCGGGGAGAAGCCCUACAAGUGUGACGCGUGUGGCAGAGCCUUCAGCGACUGCUCAGCCCUCAUCCGACAUCUGAGAAUCCAUUCUGGAGAGAAGCCAUAUCAGUGUAAGGUUUGUCCGAAGGCUUUUGCACAGAGCUCCUCCCUCAUCGAGCACCAGAGGAUCCACACAGGAGAGAAGCCUUAUAAGUGCAGCGACUGUGGGAAGGCCUUCAGCCGUAGCUCAGCCCUGAUGGUUCACUUGCGGAUCCACAUCACGGUACUGCAAUGACCGGAAGUCGCCCCUCGGGGCAUAGCACAGCGUCUUCAUGGAGGCUCAAUAUCUAAGAGAAACCCUGAGUUCCUCAAGAGCCACAAACGGGGGGUGACUGAUGAGCUGUCAAAAUGAUAGGUGCCUGAGGGCAGACUCGGCUGUCUAGGAACAACUCUGCAUUUGAGGAACCCUUGUGAGCACAAGGUGAUUCAGGCCAGCUGGAGAAGCUUCCAGAAGGGCCCCGAACUGCUACCCUCUAUUUCCUACUCAGGACUGUCCCAGAGAGAAGGCAGCUGAGCUGAGGAUUUAGACUGGUUCCGAGGGCCAGGGCAAAUGAAGGCACACGUCUCUCAGAACUCAGCAUCCCAAGACGCUCUGGGCAGACAGACUGUAGCUUGUUCUCAUGUGGUUCUUGCCUGCUUUUCUGCUGCUUAGCCCAGAAGGGACACCUGCCAUGCCCACCUCUGUGCCUUGGCACCUACUGUUUCCACUCCAGCCUAUUUUGUGCCUAACUCCAGGGCUGACUUUUGAGACUGCCUCUUCCAUGAUGCCUUUUCCACACUCUGCCUCUCUCAUGGUUUCCUGUCGUAAUCAGUGGUGCUGCUUGACACCUGCCCAACACGUUCCUGUCUCUCCUUUUCCUUCCACAUCCCACCAGUUACCAGCGCUAUUGUUUUAACCUAAAGCUUAUCUCUAAUUCACCUCCUUUUCCACCACUGCUACCUUAUGUGAGCCCUCAUUCCCUUUUGCCUGGAUUAUAGCCGGGGUCUCUUUCCUGACCCCUUCCUGCCUUUAUUCUCUACCCCUGUAUCACUCUCCAGGGGACUCUUGAUAUUACUCAGAUCUGAAUGUGUCACUCCAAGGUGGAAAGCUCUCCAACCCAUCUCCUUCUACAGCACAGCUUCCUGAACAGGGUAUAAGCAUGCUGAGAUGGAGGCUGCCCUGGGCCCCAAGCAACCUCUCCAGUUAUCCUCAUAUGCGUGUAUGAAUAGUGUCAUUUUUCUGUGCGUGCAGUGAUGUGAAAAUGGCCUCAUCUCAUACCAUGGCUCCACCU